UUGAAGUAUUAAUUAUAAUUUUUACCAAACAGGGACAUUGAAUGUAGGAAAUCAAUCCAAAUUUGGAAGUCAGUUCAUGCAUAGUAUYCUGGCCUUGUCUUACCAACAAACCAUGAAAACAUACAAGUCAAUAUGUCGGGACUUCCUUGUGUUUCUUGCUGUUGUUGACUGUCUUGGAUCAAGGGCUGGCUUUGAUCCACAUUAUUCUCAGGACAUAUCGUCUAUUUACAUCCCUAAAGUAGUACUUUUACUGAGAAUCUACUUUACCCUACAUUGGAUCUCUGAACUUGAUGUGACUCCAGCACCAUCUAAUGCUAUUGAAGCCAACUUAAAACAGCUUGCUGCACUUGAGAUCUCUGAUGGAAACCAAGCAAAACUAACUGAAGACUCUCCUAAGACUACUGUAAUGAAGCUGUUUCUAAGAAAGGUUGUUUGUUCUCAAGUAAAUGUCCUUAUGUCAAAACUUCACCAAGCAAAUGUAGAAACAGACAUUCCUAUGGGUGUGUUAGUCAACCAAGCAAUAGUAUUUCUUGCUGGCUCAAUGUUUUCUAAUGUGCACUAMUUUUGGCAUGAAUUUGUUUUACUUCUUUUAGAUGUGAAUGAUGCAUUUAUGCAAAAUUUCCUCCAAGCUGAUUCUUCUAAAAAGGAAAAUCUGGCUGUUUUGUUUUAUGUGAAGGUUAUGCGAUUGUUUGAACAAUUUGAAGUACCAGACAUGGUUAUAAAUGUUGCUAAUACAGCUGUAAGCACUGCUAGUCCAGAUGAUCCAAACAUUCCUAACYUUUGGUCAAACAUAUUUAAGCAUCAUCUUCAGCUUGGCCACAAUGACCAGGCAUAUGCUGCUCUCACUAGUAAUCCAGAUCCCUCAAGGAAGAGAGACUGUCUUCAUCGCUUCAYGGUUGUUUUGUGUGAAAAAGGAAAACUUCAAGAACUGUGUGAAUAUCCAUACAUCAAUCUCCAUGAAGAGUUUGUUGACAUCAUGGAAUCUCAUGCAAGGACCAUUGAUAUUACAACACACCAAUACUAUGAUGUGCUUUAUGCAUUUCAAGUAUUCCGAGGCAAUUAUAGAAAAGCUGGUAGUGUCAUGUAUGAAUAUGGUGGAAGGCUGGGGCGAGAAUUACCAGGAAAAAAUGGACUUCAAAAACAGGCCAAAUGUUACCUGGCUGCAAUCAAUGCUCUUCAACUUGUUGAUCCCAUGAAUGCCUGGAUAGUUACCCCAUGGGAUAGAGCACAAAAAAGGAAAAUAGAAGAACCUCCCAAUACCUCCCCUAAACGUAAGCAGGGAGAUGAAGAUAUGUGGUAUGGUACAGAUAGGAAGAAGAGACAACCACGUAAGCUAACAGUAAUAGAAAUCAAGGAUUUGGAAAAAGAAUAUCUUUUGGUUUUGGCAAGGCUUCAGUUGUUGAGAGUAGAUGCUGAUCCUUCACAAGGCAUAGGACCACCCUUGACUCCAGACGAAACUAUGACACUAUUAAAUCAAGCAGGAUUAUUUGAUACAGCUUUUACUGUUGCAUCAACAUUCAAUCUUCCCAAAGAUACAACAUUUGAAAGCAUUACUGCAAGGUGUGUUAGGCAAUCUUAUGAUAUUGGUUUCAUAAGCAGCACAGGCACAGUGGUCAAUGCAGAAUCAUGGGAGUGGCUGUUGGAAAAUGAUGCAGGCAACACCCAGCUGUCACAUGACAAAAAAAUUGUUGACCAAGCCUGGCAUUUGCUUCAGUCUUACCUUGAAAAACUUAAAGACACAUCUGAUUGUCGAGUUUAUUAUCGUUGUGUUGUAAGUAAACUAUUAACAAUGGGAGCACAGCUGCCAACAUGGCUUGUUAACCAACACAAGAAAUUAAACCCUGCCGAGCAUCUGUACUUAUUAGUAAUGUAUGACCUUYUACAAGAUGCAGCUGAGUUUGCUAUUGAGUACAUCAGUGCAGUAUUGGGAGAGGGUAAAGAAUAUUUUGGACUGAAGACUUGUUUACAUACAACAUCUCCAAGUGUCUGGUUACCUUACACAACACUGGACCACCUGCUCACUGCUCUCGAAGGAGCUUCACCAAAUUCCAACUUAGCCACGAUACACCAUAAACUUCUUGAUAAACUAGACAGAUAUCAUGAACAAGUAAAGAGGGUUUCUGAAGAUAUGAUAACAACGGCAUGGAAACGUUCCCAGAGAAGAAACAUGGCUGAAUGUCUCCCAUGGCAAUGAUUGAUUGAACUCUUAGAUUGCCUCAUUAUGCAAAUAAUUUCAAUUAUGUAGGUUCAUAGUAUUGUCUCUAAAAUACUUUUCCAAUUAUCUAUCUUUUUUCAAGGCACCUUGAACCAUUUUUGCAUGUAGUCGUCCAUAAAGCUCAGGAAGCUUCCACUUGAGCACUACUAGGCAAAAAGCAUUCCGUAUGGGUAAAAUGUGCAGGAGCUCAUAUAUSGAAGGUUCUCGAAUACAUUUUUUUAGCUGCUGUAGUAAGAAAAUCCAUAGAGUGAAAUCUUUCUCACCGUGUACGGUGARCUUAACUGAUUAUUGGGUUAUUAACUGGUUAUUAAUUAAUAAGUAUAGAUCUCUGCACAGUAUUUAUAUCAGAGGAUAAAAAAAUAAGAGUGACCAUAUUUUUGAGAUAUAAAGCCUGUUCUCAUUGGCUGGUGUCCAUGUGUGUUUAGUUAAUUAAGUAAUAAAGGAUGGAUGUUUAAUUAUAGAAAAUAUA